AUGGCCUGCACUUACCCUUUGAUUUUGAGAGUUGUAAAGAGAAAUCAUAGGGAUGGAGAGGACAUAGAAAGCCAGUCAAGAACAGCUGCAAAUGCUCCGGAAAUGUUCACUUACAAACAGCUUUUAGUUGCCACUCAGAACUUCAGUAAGGAAAAUCUGCUGGGUGCAGGUGCAUUUGGAGUUGUUUACAAAGGCAUCCUCUCAUCACAUUCUCCUAAAAUUGUUGCUGUCAAGAAGAUUUCAGCAGCCUCCAAAAAAGGUUGGUAUCACGGACACGGCCAUCGUUCUGUGGUCUUCGAAUACAUGCCUAAUAGAAGCCUCGAUCAGUACAUUGGAAAACCAUACCUUGAUUGGAGAACAAGGUACAAAAUCUUAACAGGAUUGACAUCAGCAUUACUCUACCUCCACGAAGAGUGUGGCAACGUGCACAGAGACAUUAAACCAAAUAAUGCUCAUCUAGGCGAUUUCAGGCUAGCUAGACUAAUGUUCCAAGACUCAUCAAUUACAAUCCCUUUGGCAGGAACUCCCGCAUACAUUGCCCCGGAAGUACUAGGGUUAUCUGCAAAAGCUACUCCAGAGUCAGAUGUAUACAGGUUUGGAAUGGUGGUACUAGAAGUAGUAUGUGGGAGAAGAUCAAAAGGGUUCAUGGACGACUACAGUUUAGUAGAACACGUUUGGAAUUCAUAUGCAAAAAAUGCGUUGCUUGAUUGUGUGGACCAAACGUUGGACGGAAAUUUUGAGGAGGAACAAGUGAAGAGGACAUUGAUUGUAGGGCUUGCAUGCUUGCACACAUAUUCUAUGCUGAGACCAAAGAUGAGGACGGUGGUGCAAAUUCUUAUGAAUCCUAAUGAGAAGCUAUUCGAACUGCAGGAUACGAGGCCGAGGCCGAGGCCGAGUGCGGUUUACUUAUCAGUAUCUUCUUCUGCUCCAACAACUGAAUUUGGCUCUAGAAGUGCCUUAUACAUUGCCUCAUAA